AAAAUAAAUUAAAGUCUGCCCACACCGUAGCCCACGGAGUGUUUUGUAUGCCAAAUAUAUGAGCAUAUAUAUAAACAAACAACGAAAAAGAAAAACGCAAAAAUUCCAAUUCAUGAAAAUACAAUUGAUCUGCUAUCAAUUAAUACCUGCGGAAUUUAUAAGGAAACACCAGAAUAAAGUUGAUAGUGGAGUGCACAAAAUCAUAUAAGGAGGAAGCCAUAUGCAACGGAUGACAUUUUCUGCUCUAAAAAGAUAAUCUGCAUACGGAAUUGUGUGGUGUUGUACCGUGUGGCUGGCAGGAGGAGGAGAAGGCAGAAACUAGUUUUGGAUAACGGCAGCGGGGGGUGGGGGCAACGGCAACGACAGCGACAACGGCCCCAGAGGUGGCAGACAUCAGCAGAACCAGAGCGCGGCAGCGGCUGGGGCAACGAUAACAAGAACGACGCGAAAGGUAGUUAACGACUUGACAAGGGGAGCCGCCGCCGCAACAACAACGAGCAACAACAAACAAGAACAAGAACAAGAAUAACAAAAACAACGUUUCGUGGCAGCCGAAAAGAGAAGGAAGAGAGGGAGAGAGAGAGACGGCUGCAAUGGUCAGGAGCUGAGAAACAAGAAACCGAGAACCGUGAGAGAGGAACAGGUUCUCUGCAUCAGCAUAAGCAACAGAAGCAGCAGCAGCAGAAUUAGGAUCUGCAUAAAGGGAAACCAGAGAUAACAUCGAUUUGCAGAGGGACAGACAGAAACACGAUGCCACUGCUCCUCCAACUUUUGAUGAUGCUCCUCCUGCUAUUCCCGAUUCCAAAUGCCAGGGCCGUACUCUUCGCCAGCAACAGCUCCACCUCCAGUGACAGUGCCAGUUCCAGCUCCCCGCCAGAGAUGCCACCCCCCACAUUCCGGCAGUGUGAAACCAUACGGAUUGAGAUGUGCCGUGGGAUCGGCUACAACGAAACCUCCAUGCCCAAUCUUGUGGGUCACGAGCUGCAGACGGAUGUGGAGUACACGCUGCAAACGUUCGCACCGCUGAUCGAGUACGACUGCAGCUCCCAGCUGAAGCUAUUCCUGUGCGCCGCCUACGUGCCUAUGUGCACGCCCAAGGCGCCGGUGCACGCGAUCGGCCCAUGCCAGAGUCUGUGCGAGUCGGUGAGGAUUCGCUGCCAUCCCGUGCUGCAGGGAUUCGGCUUCCCCUGGCCGAAGGCCCUCGACUGUGAUCGUUUUCCCAGGGAGAACAACCACGAGACCAUGUGCAUGGAGGGGCCGGGCGAGAUGCAUUUGCCCAUGCAGGAGCAUGAGCUCUACGGACCGGUGGUUGGCGGUGGUAGCAUCGGCGCUGGCGGAGUGGGAAUGGGAGGCGGCAAACUGCCACUGGACUGUUCGGGAUUGGGCAAAUCCCAUCUGUAUGUGAAGCUGCCGCGUUCCGGUCGCUGUGCGCCGCUCUGCGAGGCGGAUAUCCUGUUCACACCCAGCGAGAAGCAUAUCUCCGAGAUCUGGGUCUCCACCUGGGCCUAUGCAGCUCUCGGCCUGGCAUUUGUGGCCACCCUGUGCCUUCUGGUCGGCGACGACAGCAAGCUGGCCAGCGCCAAGUGGUCGCGCCUGCUGACACCUUCGAUCUGGUGCCACAACAUGGUCACCAUCGGCUGGACCGUACGUUUUAUCGUUGGUCGCACGGGCACCGCCUGCGGCACUGAUCCCCAGGCGCCCAACGAGUCCCUCCUCAGCGUCGAUGGCCUGUCCAAUGCGGCCUGUGCGAGUGUCUUCCUGCUGCGCUACUACUUCGGGAUGGCUGCCUGUGCCUGGUGGGCCAUCCUCUGUCUGGGCUGGCAUCGAGAUAUACGUCGCCACAGUCCCGAUUCCAAGGGGCACGUGGCCAUACCGUCCACCUACGGCGGCAGUCCCGUCAGCCAGGCGGCUCAAAGAAUGGCUGCCAAGGCGAGUGCCCAUCAGAAUCUUGCCCAGAAUAAUUUUGUUUGCUUCGUGGCCUGGGGUCUGCCGGCCUUCCAAACGGCCGCCGUCAUAGUGUUCCGUUAUGUAGAUGCCGACGAAUUGCUGGGCGCCUGCUUUGUGGGCAACCAGUCGGACAGGGCCCUGCAGGUGCUGGUGGCGACGCCCGUCUUUAUCUACUGGAUCUUUGGCUCAAUGAAUCUGAUAUCCGGCUACCUGGUGCACUGCCGCAACAAGGAGAUCCUGCGCAACACCAACGCCCUGAGUCUCCAGCAGCAGCUGCAGCAGUUGAGUGCCCACAGCAGUUCGGGUAUCGGGAUCUUCCUGUUCAUCUACGGGCUGGCCAGUGCCCUGCUGCUGCUGGCGGUCAUCUAUGAGUUUGCCAACAUCGACAUUUGGCUGAGUUCGGGGGAGACGAGCACACCGCUGUGGCCCUUCCUGGUGCGCGCCUUCAUGGAGCUGAUGCUGGGUAUUUGCUGCUUUGCCUGGGUCCUCGGUCCCAGCAUAUCCACCAUGUACAAGCGCCAGAUGUCAAUGCGUCCGCAGAAGCAGUCGGCCGCUGCGGCGGCUGCAGCCCAACACCAGCAGCAGCUUCAGAUGCACCAUUUGGAUGGGCAGAGCAGCUCCCGGGGAUCGCAUGCCGCCUGCAGCAGCACCGUCGUCUCCUAUCAUUCGGUGCGACCCUCGCACCAGUCGAUGGCCAGUGCCCCGCUGCCCAGUCCCUACAAGCACAAGUCUCCCCCAGCAGGAGCUGGCUCCAUUUCGCUCAAUCAAAUAUCAAACUACUCCCUAAGCCGCAGCAGCAGUUCGCACCAUCAUCACCACCACCAUCAGCCGCAGCAGCACCAUCAUCGUCACAGUCCCCAGCAACUGCAGCCACACCAUCAUCAUCAUCAUCAUCACCAGCAGCAGCAGCAGCAGCACUCUUCCUCCUCCCAUCGUCUGUAUUAUCCAGCGGGUAGCCAGAAGUACAGACAACACAGCAACUACUAUCCCCAAAUGCAUCGCUAUGGGGAUGAGACGCUGCUCUGAGAUUCCUCAUCUAGAAAGGGUUUCAACUAAAUUAUGAUUUGGAUAUAUCAAUGAUUAUAUCAAUGCCCCACCCAUUUAAUGGAUCCCACUGAUUCUGCCUCGUGGAUCAUUCGUUGAGUGCUAGUCAAAAUCAAUGCGUUUCGCCUUAUCGCAAUCCCUAUUUGUUGUAUGUACUGUGUAUAUGUCCGUUAAUUACGAUCCUUUAUUCCUGUUCCUAUUCCCUCCCUUGGCGUUGUACUUAAUUCUUAACCAUUCUUGCCGUUCUUUUGUUUUGUUUUUUAUCGUGGAGAAACAACGCAGCAACCAAAUACUGUGAUACGCAUGUUCAUGUCCUCAAAAGCAGAGGCCCCGAGACUUUGCUGUGUCCUACUCCUCCCUCCCUCCCUCUCCCUCUCUCGCUCGAGCCACGCUACAAAUCGAACCGAACACCGAACGAACCGAAAGUGUACUUAAUGGAAACGCAAUCGUAUUAAUGUGUAAUGCUAGCAUUAAUUCCUAAACUGUAUUCAGUGUGCCAUUAGCUUUAAGGGGAAUACAAUACAAAUAUACAUAUAUAUUCGA